ACAGAAUCUUUUAAAAAUACGGCACACUUCAUACGACAAAACCCUAACUACUUCAACAUCUCUCAUAUUUUAAAGAUGAAGAAUAUGUGAUUAAGGAGCAGAUUCAACGGGAGAAAAAUGUCUUCUCUUCAAACGGAUAAAGACUGGAAUCCAAUGGUUUAUAUGCCUGCUUUUCAUCACGAAGAGCUUGAUGUUGUUCUGGAUGAGUAUUCAAAUGAGAAGGAAACAGGGGAUAGUGGUAGCGAUUCAGACUGCUUGUAUGACAGAUUGACAGUGACUAUUUCAUGGAACAUGAGAGCACCGAUGAUGAACAUUUGUUUGAGGACAAUGUAGAUAAAGAUGUGUAUCAUGGUACACAAUUUGAGGAAAGUAUGUUGUCUGAUCAGGAGAAGAAGGGACCAGAUGACCCUAUAUUUAACCCAGCCACAAUUUUUGAUCCUACCUUUCAAUUACGGAUGAUCUUUAGUGGAAAAAAGGAAUUUCAGAAGGCUGUAACUUCACAUGCAAUUAGGAGUAGGACUAUAAAAUUUUCUAAAAAUGACAAGGAGAGGAUUUAUGCUACUUGUCCUGCUAAAGAUUGUGGGUGGAGAAUCAAUCUUCGCAUUAUGGAAGAUGGAUGUAGUUGGCAAGUCACUGAAUACAGACCAAAACACACAUGUGCAACAAAGUCUAAGGUGAAAAACAUGAAGUCCAAGUGGUUGGCAGAUAAGUAUUUGCACAAGUUCAAGACAGAUCCGAAGAGAAAUGUUAAGGCUUGGAGGAUGGAUGUGAUAAAAAAUUUAAAUUCUCAUGUCUCGACGCACCAAGCUUAUAGAGCAAAAAGGCUGGCUCUUAAUCACAUUCAGGGGACAUCUAACAAGCAAUUCUCCAAGCUAUGGGAAUACGGUGAAGAGCUUCGAAGGAGCAAUCCCGGGUCUACAAUUAUUUUGGGAACUAAGCUAGAUGAAGCUAGCAAUUCAAGAUUCAGCACAAUGUAUCUGUGUUUUAAGGGCUUAAAGGAUGGAUUUCUUUCGGGGUGCAGGCCUAUUAUUGGUGUUGAUGAUUGUCACUUAGAAAUUCUUUUCUUUGAUAUCAAAGUAAUACUACAUAUAAAAUCUUUAUUUUUUUCAAGCAAAACUCGAAACCUACAAAAUUAAAAAGUUUAGAGUUCUUAGGGUAUGUUUGGCACAACUAACUGAAAAGAUACUUUUGUGAACUUUUUAAUAACUGUUAGCUUUUAAUGACUGAAAAGAUCUUAAAGAGAAAAGGUGGUAGCUGUUUGCUAAAAAGCUGACUGUUUGAUUUAGUUUGGACUAAUUAAUACUAAAAGUCACGAGCUUUUUUUAGAUGCUACUCCCUGUAGCAUCUCAAAAAAGAUCUUUUAAUUUUUGAAAAAGCUCUUAAAAUUGUCAUGACAAACAUAUAACUAGAAGCUUUUAGAGACUUUUUGAACAGUACAAAAACUAGAAGGUAGAGACUUAUGCCUGUCAAACAUAGCCUUAAUCUGUUUCUGGAGCACACAUGGAACCUCCUUCAUGGGUUGUCAUCGGUGCAUGAAGUUAAAACAACGGCCUUCUUACCACAAUGACAUUCCAUAGAUCCUUGAGUGAGAGACAUUAUUUCAUUAUUUGCAAGUUAAAAGAACACACACUCACCUUCCUUCAAUAUGUGGAGAAGCCGGCCAGACCAAGGGUUACGCAACCUAGCUCCCUUCUUCUCUUGGGUUUUGUGCUUUUAUUACGGUAAUGGGGGGUUGGGAGAGCACAGUAAAGUGUUUGGGAGUGAUCCGUAAAAAGGGGAUCAAACCCAAGUCAGCAAUAAGUUAGGAAAAGAUUACAAUAGGGUGAGAUGACAUGUAACUUCCAUGCCAAAUUUUAAAUACAUUAGUUGGAGGAUGUAUUUUGCAAGUAUGUGAAGUUAUAGGACCAAUAUCGGACCGAUUUAACAAAUUUCUCCAUCUCCCAUUAAAUAUUUCAUUAUAAAUAGGGAACAAUUUUCUCAGUAAUUUGGGAUUGAUGAAGGUGCGCGCAUUCUUGAUAUAGUGUUUCAUUUUGAGGGUUUGUAUGCAUGAUCUUUAUAUGAUUUGUGGUUUGUAUUAUUAUUUAAUUUUUAUUUGUUUAUAACCGGCCAGGAAUGAUUGUUAGGUUUAUAAUCAUAUAUAUGUUGAUGAUUUUAGAGAGACAGAGCUAUUUGGUUCUUGAACUACUUCGUUCUUGAACACGACCUACGAGUGAACAUCAGAUAUUAUAUACUAGUGUGUGUAUAUAUAUAUAUAUAUAUAUACUCCCUCCGUCCCGGUCAUUUCUUCCAAUUUUCCUUUUUGGGCCGUCCCAAUUAAUUCUUCCAACUUCCACUUUUGAAAAAAAUAUGUGGUUCACAUUCAUUCAUCUUUUUCUUACACAACUACAACCAUACAUUUUCACUUUAUUCCCACUACUUAAAUUUGUGAUACCGGUCAAAAUUGGAAGAAAUGACCGGGACGGAGGGAGUAUAUAUGUUGGCAGAUACAAUUGUAUAGUAUAUACAACAUCACUAGCAUAUGCAUAUCAAUUAUCAAAUGUAUAAGUACUUGCUCAAAUUAAAUCAUUAUUCCACUCUACCUUCAGAACUGUGCACGUGAAUAUUCUGAAUUAAGAAGUAAUGAUUUCUAGAAUUGCUUGUAUUUAUACAAGCAAGGACUAGGAUUAACAGGAUUUCGGACUGAGCUAAUCAAGUAUAGAAAAUGGACAUUUGAAAAUGAUUGAGAGCAGUGGACAAAGCCCAUAAAUUUCCAGCGCAAGUGAAGAACAUUAUUGUUUCUUCUCUCUCGCUGCAUAGCAUUAUGAGAUCACAUCGAAGAUGCCUUGUUGCAUGCAUUAAAUCUUUGUUUCUUCUCUCUCGCUGUAAGCCACUACUUAAAUAUGGAGUAGUACUAGAGGCAUUUAAUUAGGUGUACGAAUGGCAAACCCUGAUUGUACUGUUAGGGUACAAAGGCACCGGAAGAUGCUCACCUCCCUACUUAACACCAAACUAUACGUUCACCUACUAGAUCUUGAUGCUGUCUGUUGGAACAAGCUGCAUGCUACUAGCUACCUCAUCUCCCCUCUCUCCGUCCGCCCCCGUGACGCAGCCAGCUCCGCCUGCUCCGCUGGCGUUGCCACAACGUGUAACAAUAUUGUUAAGAUUUAAAAUACAUGAAGUUCUAUUGAAAUUUAUGAAGUUCUCGAUGAUUUGU